AUGAGUACCAAAGGGUGUUUAGAGUGUGAAGAGACGUAUUAUUUGACUUUACAGAAUACAUGUGAGAAGUGCGAUUCUUCAUGUGUGAAUUGUUCCAAUGAUACUAUGUGUAUUUCAUGUCCCUCUGGAUAUUAUUUGACGAGUGAACAUACAUGUAAAGAAGUUGGUUCAUUACAUAAGACGUGUGAUAUGUUAAUGCCAGAUGCCAUUGGCUGUGCGAUCUGUAAAGUUGGGUAUUACUACGUUUCAAAAGACUGUAGACAAUGUGAAACAUCAUGCUACUCCUGUUUAGACAACAAACAGUGCGUUUCCUGUGCAGACAAUUACUUUAGAAUAGCAAACGAAACAAAGUUGUGUCUUCCAUUCGACGAUUUGACUCAAUUUUGUCUUAAAAAGACCAAAAGUGGGUGCGCCAGUUGUCAAACAGGGUACUUCCUCUCAAACGGUCGAUGUUCCAAGUGUUUAGAGAACUGUACUAAAUGCACGUCAAUGACUUAUUGUUCCGAGUGCUCCGACAAUUAUGUGAAUAUUGACUAUUCAUGUCACGACUAUUCUACAAUUCAAUUUUGCACGGCCGCGAAGAACGAUCGAUGUACUAAAUGUGAAGGGUGGCAUGCACCUGAUGACAGUGGGAAGUUCUGUAAGACUGCCCUCCGCUAUGAUAUUAUAUUUGGGACGAUCGUUGGAUUUAUAGUAUUUAUAGUUCUCUUAAUAGUACUUAUAAUAGUUAUCAUUUAUCGAAUUAAGUUACACAAGACGGAGGAGAAGAAGAUGCGGAAUGUCUGUGUCUUUGAGAUGAAGCGUUCGAACGUCUCUCUACGCAAGCUAGGAGACUUCCUGUUGAGUAAUAAACGCGAAAUAACAUUUGAAGGACUUAAUGAAGAUAGUUUGAUAGAAGUGAAUGAAGAGACGCGGGAGUUAAUAUGUGUUGGGAAUAACACCAAACACAAUAUAAAAGUCCAAUUUAGUGUUGUGGACAAUUGCGACCAAUUUUCGAUACGAACGGAGCCGAGCCUAAUCACUCUUAAAAAGGGAAUAGCGUGUGAAUUUGAGAUCUUUAUUAAGCCAAUUUGCACGUGUGUUAUCCACGAGAAUAUAUUGGCCAUUGCACUCGACUUAAAAACAGGAGAACAGAUCAGUGAGAAGAUCAUAGUGAAAGCUAAGACUCGAAUGUCGACGCGACUGGACUACACUGAAUUGAAAGACACAAAGAAAAUAGGAGAAGGGACGUUUGGGAUUGUUUACUUUGGGGAGUUCCGAGGGGACAAAGUUGCUAUUAAAAAGAUCAAACAAACUUCUGAUGAUGAAGUGAGUAAAAAAGAAUUUGAAGAUGAAGUUUCUAUGUUGGACAAAUUUAGAAGUGAUUAUAUCGUCCACUUCUAUGGCGCGGUAUUUGUACCAAACAAAGUGUGUUUGGUCACCGAAUUUGCUCAAUUUGGAAGCCUACAAGAUUUGAUUAAGACGAGAAAUGGAAAUGAUUUUAGAACGAUUUUACGACUGAAGUACAUGUUAGAUGUUUCGAAGGGAAUUAUGUAUUUACACGAGAACGGGAUACUACACAGAGACAUUAAACCAGACAACGCUUUAAUAUUCUCAUUGGACACUAUAGAGAAAUUCAAUGCUAAAUUGACUGAUUUCGGAAGUGCAAGAAAUUUGAAUCAAAUGAUGACGAACAUGACGUUCACUAAAGGUAUUGGGACUCCAAAAUAUAUGGCACCGGAGGUGUUAAAUAAACAACACUAUAAGAAGGCUGCCGAUGUAUUCUCUUUUGCUGUGACGAUGUACGAAUGCUUCGCAUGGGAAAAUGCAUACCCAAAUGACCUCUUCAAAUUUGCGUGGAGCAUUGCUGACUAUAUCACUGGAGGUCAAAGAAGGCCAAAACCAGCGAAUCUCAGUGAUAACAUCUAUGCUGUUAUCUCUGACGCUUGGACACAAGACCAAAAAACUCGAUUAAAGAUAAAAGUCGUUGUGGAAAAAUUAGAAUCAAUUUAUCAAACUAUGUGUCGACUCUAA